GUGGCCAUUGGCCAAUGAGGCGACAGCACCUGCUUGUGCGCUCCCGCCUCCCGUUGGGCGCACAAUCCCAAAGCAAAACCCCCGAACGCACCUCGGAUGUCGCGGCGACAAACGGAGGAAAUCGCUCGUCACAUUUGGAUCGCGGCGUGCAUCCGUGCCACGUGAGCGCCUCGCACGUCAGCAAAGCAGCCCGGGAACGUUUUUGGACGUCAUUUGGGCUAGCGGUCCCGGUGACGAGAUGCAUCCACGGACCGCUACUUGAACCUGCUCCACAAAGCCCGUCGAGCAGGCCCGCCCGUCCUAUUGUCCGCAAUUGUGGUUUCUUUGCGUUUUUAUUUCUUUGAGCUCCAUCGGCCGAUGAUGAGCAAACAUGUCAGGGAAGCACUACAAAGGCCACGAAGUCAGCUGCUGCAUCAAAUACUUCAUUUUUGGGUUCAACAUCCUCUUUUGGCUGCUGGGCAUGGCCUUGGUGGGAAUUGGCUUGUGGGCAUGGAGUGAGAAGGGGGUUUUGUCCAACAUUUCAUCCAUCACCGACCUGGGCGGUCUGGACCCGGUGUGGCUCUUCAUGGUGGUCGGUGGGGUCAUGUUCAUUUUGGGCUUUGCCGGAUGCAUCGGAGCGCUGCGGGAAAACACCUUCCUGCUCAAAUUUUUCUCCGUGUUCCUGGGAAUCAUCUUUUUCCUGGAGCUGACCGCCGGAAUCCUGGCUUUCGUCUUCAAGGACUGGAUUAAGGACCAGUUGAACUUGUUCAUCAACAACAACAUCCGGGCCUACCGGGACGACAUCGACCUGCAGAACCUCAUCGAUUUCACGCAGGAAUAUUGGGAGUGCUGCGGUGCUUUUGGAGCGGACGACUGGAACCUCAACAUCUACUUCAACUGCACCGACACAAACCCCAGUCGGGAAAAGUGCGGCGUCCCCUUCUCCUGCUGCACCAAGGACCCCGCCGAGGACGUAAUAAACACUCAGUGUGGAUACGACGUUCGAGCAAAAUCAGACUCGGAGCAGAAGGAUUACAUCAAUGUGAAAGGUUGCGUGCCGCAGUUUGAGAAGUGGCUGCAGGACAACCUGACCUUGGUGGCCGGGAUAUUCAUCGGCGUUGCGUUGCUCCAGAUCUUUGGAAUUUGUUUGGCGCAGAACUUGGUGAGCGACAUUGAAGCUGUGCGCGCAAGCUGGGUGCCCCCCCAACUGUCCGUCCGUCGAGCCCCGCCACACUCGAGCAAGAAAGCGCCAGCGUACUACUCGUGAGACACGUGCUAUGCGUGUUGGUAUGCGUGGAUUUUGACAAGUCAGGUGCAGGACUUGAGGCCUUCACGAGGACGUCAAUGAAGGGGACAUUCACCCGCACUACUCACAGAGCCAGCACCUUUUUAAAGGCACUACACCACUGUAUGAAAACGAUGAUGUAUGUACAGUUAUAUACGUGUAAAAUGAAAAACACUUGUUUGCUGUUGUAGUUGAGACACUGUUCCCGUAAUGCUGGCUAGUUCUCUAGUAUUUACCAUUACAGUCGUUAAAAAAAGGCAAUAAAACGUGGGCAACCGGGAGCUAGCCAGGGAGCUAGCCGGGUAGGCUAAGCCUGCUAGUGCCACUAACUUGACCUCACGUUAGCAUUUUGAGCUAGCAUGGCUCAUGCAUUGCUCACCAAACACGUUUUGAUAAAUGCUUUUAAUAUUGCAUCAGUAUUUUCCAUAAUGCGUCAUGGCUACGUCCAUAAAGCCCUGCUGUCGUUAACUAUUUGUUUGCGUGAUACAAUGCGUACACUUUAGCUUUGUUACAACUUCAGCCAUCAAAACAUAUACCGUUUACUUAAUUCGUGAGCAGCUCGAGGGUUCGAACUUUAUCCAUUUAAAACACGUUAUUUACUAUGCUAAAGAUGUUUCACACAACAUGGCCCGUUGAAGGUACAAAAUUUGACUUAACGUUUUUUUUAUUGUAACAUAACUGUCACUUGAGGUCUUCAACAAUGUGAAAGGUUUGCCAUACAAGUCGUUAUUUUUGGAAGGAGUUUAAUACACUUAAAAAAAUGUUACUCGUUUGGGUUUGCAGCAGGAGCUGUCACGUUUUAUUUUAAUAUUGUAUUUGCCACUCACUCGUGACAUAUUGUAUGUUCUUGCACUUGAAUCAAAUCUGACAAGCAUCUGCAUUUUUUUCUAAACGUGCUGAAAUACAUUAAAAAAAAAAAAAAAAAGCAUUGUAUUUGAUGAAUUGUGUGUAAAAUACUCAUCACUGUCCACUGUACCGAUACCUUGGAUUGUUUUAGCUCAGAGCAUAUCCCACGAAAGUUAUUAAUUUAUGUUGUGUUCUCGCUCAUUACCUUAAAAAUGACUGCUUUUAAAAUAAAUGGUGAGAAUGAAAUUUCUUGUCAAAAC